GCCAUUAAUCUGAACCCAACACUGAUGUGUUUUUGACUGUGAAUAAUCGAGCUACAGUAUGGCUAUAUCUAUCAGCUUGUGCAUUAAGUAGUAGUAUCGUAAUCGGGUUGUUUAGUCUGGUAUAUUUCGAGCUUUUUUAGCUCUAGAUUGCUGGUGUUCCAGAUCGCCUUCGGUGCUGGAUCGUUCUCGGUUGCUCUAUUAUUGAGAGCUGCAGUUGGAGAUUAUCGGUUCCUCUGAGCGGCUGUGUGCUGGUGAAGGCCAGCUAGCGGCUGUACAGCUCGGUUAGCAGCACCGCGGUCGGACUCUAUUCUGUUGGAUUAGCGCUGUUCCAAAUGCUUGAGGAGUGAACCGAACACGGAUAGUGGUGUUUUUAUUUCGUGGUUGUUGAACGUGUUUUGACCUUGUGCAGUUAGCGCACAUUUGUUCGUCUGUCUGUACGGUAGCAGGUUUGCUAGUACCGACAGCGGUUUGCUAAUAUUAGUUUUAAUUUUCUAGCGGAUAAAUAAUGCUGCUUUCGUGAAUAUACUCUGCCCCAGACCAUCAUUCUGUAAGGCGGUGUAAAGCAGAGAAAGGCUUGUGAGAAAAGCACAUACAGGCUCUUUGUGCCAGGGCUGUGCCACCUCCAACACAUCAGCAUUUCCUGUGUGCCUUCCUCUUUAACAGCAGCCAUGAGCACUCGGAGAGACUCACAGGACACAGUAAACCUGCGUCUGAUUCUUGUGAGUGGGAAGACCCAGGACUUCACCUUCUCCCCCAAUGACUCUGCCACAGACAUUGCUCAACACGUGUUUGAAAACUGGCCUGAAGGCUGGGAGGAGGAACAAGUGAGCAGCCCCAGCAUCCUGAGACUUAUCUUCCAGGGUCGGUUUUUGCAUGGCAAUGUCACACUAGGAGCUCUUAAGUUGCCUCCUGGCCGGACAACCGUCAUGCACUUGGUUGCCAGAGAGACACUGCCAGAGCCCAACUCCCAUGGCCAAAGAAACCGGGAGAAGACCACAGAAAGCAGCUGCUGCUUACUGCUGUAAAGCAGAAGAGCGAACAACUCGAACAUGCCUCCUGUUCUUCUACCCUUCUCCCUCGAUCUGCUUGCCAACCUAUGAUGCAUUCUGAAUGAUUAUCGUACCGCUUACAGGGUUAGAUCGAUCUUCAUUCAGUUUAUUCCUUUAUAGUAGCUGGGAUCUUUCUGUGCCAAGUACUCGAAUCUGUUAUGUUUGCCCUUUUGCCAAAAUUACUCUUUGCUUAGUAAAACCAUAAUAUUUUGUACAUAGACCUCUGUUAAUAAUGCAGAAAUCAAUUUAACAGAUCACUGAAAGGAAAAUAACAAGUAGGAGUGUGAUGGACUGUUUUGAACAUUUGUUGUAUUCUAGAGAAAAUCUGGAGGUCACUUUAUCUACUAACAGAGACUUUUCUGACUGGAAACACGGUUUUGGACACAGCCUAGCUUUUAAGUGGUGGCUGCCACUUAUAUUCAUAAGCCUGAUCAUCAAGUGAUGUGCACAUUUGAUUGGACUCCCGAUGUGGUCUGGUCCGUUACUUCACGUCAGGCAUUACAUUCUGCCUUGUACGAAAAGUACAACAGAAUUGGCAUUUGUGGACUGAUGGUGUACGUCAUGGUUACUCAAUCAGUUUGCCUUUGACGCAGGACCAAGUGAGAGUGAAGUUGGUCGUAAGGCUCUUUUUACUGGACUGUUGACUGAUGUGUCAAUAUGUGUGCAUGCCCUAGUCUAGUGUUUCCUCACCCUGGGUGUGUACCUACGUUCUCGAAUGCUUGAACAGGGAAGGUCCCUCCACCUAAAAAAGGGACAUGGAAGUGUUGCCAAAUGUGCUUGAACUGCGAGAAACUCGGCAUCUCCUUAACUAUGGACACUUUAUCUGCUAACUUGUCCUAAGGGACAGUCUGGUGUAAGGAGUAAGAAGAAGGGAACUGUCACAGUGCUUUUGCUUGAAAGCUACAGCCAUGAGAGCCGCAUUGUAAGCACGGUGGAUUCCUGGACCUCCAGCCAAGCGACACUGGCAUUGGAAAAGACAAGUGUUAAAGAGAUGGAAUUUCCUAAUGGGUCAGGAAUUAAAAUGGGUGUUUUAUUCCCUAAUGUUUGUAUGCUGUCUUUUUUUUUUCCUUUUGCCUUCAGAUUAAUAUUAUUAAUAAUGAAAUUCUAAAAAGUUCUUUGUAAUCUUGUGUCUGUGUAUUUCAGGUUUUAAAUGGUAAACUUUUAAAGGCUGACCAUCUGAAUGAAAGGUUUUUAGGAAGGGAUAGCACAAAUGAUAUGGGAGAAUAGAUCAGUUACAAAUGUGUUUAGUGGUCUUGACUCUCCCUUUGAGUGGCCGUCCCUCAUUGAGUGUAUAUUAAUCAUCGUCACUGCUAUAAAUUAGCUUCAGAAUAUUAAAUGUAAAAAUAAAAUGCUUAAAAUUCUGUAUUAUAAAUUAAUAAAACGAUCUUUGAAUUA